CCCCCAAAUCCCUUUUCUUCUCGUUGGCCUAGGCAGCUCCCUCCUUCCCUCCCCCACCCCCUUACUCCAGGGGCUGGAGGAGUUCUUAUCAAAGAGACCCCCCCUUCCCUUUCCUCCUCCUCCUCCUCCUCUUCCCUCCUUUCUCCUGCUUGUCUUGUUGUGACAGCUUUGAUAUUGUUUAUUGAGGGUGGAUGUCAGGUAUAAUUAGCAAUCGAUAUGGAAAACGUUUGGCUCCCCCACCGCCCUGGCACGUCUCUGACGUCAGGGCCGAUUAACGUUUCUUAUUGGUCCCAAAUUCCCCGGGCCUGAGCCUAAUUAUGGGGAGGCCUGAUGUUGAUAAAGUUAAAGCGCCCGGGCGCCCUCCAGCAUGCGCCCUUCCUCGCGCGUCUACCUCGCCACCGUCGACGACGCUGCUGCCACCACCACACCGCGGCGGCGCUCCUCCGGCGGCGGUGGCGGCGGCAGCAGCGGCGGCAGCAGCAGCAGCCUCCGCCGCCGCAGCUGCGUUCAGGGAGGCGCGCAACCCCCCACCCCCCGUCCGCCCCCUCCAUGAUGGACAGCCGCAUCCUGGAGCACCCCCAUGCCCAGUUCGGAGGCUUGGUGGGCUUCCCUUACCCCCUCGGCCAUCACCAUGUCUACGAGCUGGCCGGACACCAGCUGCAGUCGGCCGCCGCCGCCGCCGCCGCGGCUUCGGUACCCUUCUCCAUCGACGGAUUACUCAACGGCUCCUGCGCCGCCUCCGUGGUCAACCCCACCCCGCUCAUCCCCUCCGGCUGCGGAGACGGGCAGCCCUUCAAGCUCUCCGACUCUGUGGAUCCUGACAAGGAGAGUCCAGGUUGCAAAAGGCGACGGACCCGCACGAAUUUCACCGGUUGGCAGCUGGAAGAGUUAGAGAAGGCAUUUAACGAAAGUCACUACCCCGACGUAUUUAUGAGAGAGGCGCUGGCGUUGAGGCUGGAUCUGGUGGAAUCCAGAGUGCAGGUUUGGUUCCAAAACCGCCGGGCCAAAUGGCGAAAGAAAGAGAACACCAAGAAGGGGCCCGGCCGGCCGGCGCACAACUCCCACCCGACGACGUGCAGCGGGGAGCCGAUGGACCCGGAGGAGAUCGCGCGCAAGGAGCUGGAGAAGAUGGAGAAGAAAAAGCGCAAGCACGAGAAGAAGCUGCUCAAGAGCCAGAGCCGGAACCUGCACUCGCCCAGCGGCCUCUCUGUCAACAGCAGCACGCAGAGCUCCGACAGCGACGGCGGCGGAGGAGGCCUCUCUCCGGACCCUCCGGACACCUGCAAGAUCGGCCCUCACAACCCGUCCCGGCCGGGCAGCUGCGACCCUGCGGCCUCGGCUUUCUACCCGAGCCGAGGUGGCCACGGGGUCUGUGGUGGUGGUGGUGGCGGCGGCAGCAACCGGUGUGCCGACAAGGACGGGUCCGCGCCGUCGGGCUCCGAGUGCGGGCCGCUUCCCUCGACGGCGCGAGGCGGGGUGGGCGGCUCGGGCGGCGCCUUGCCCAAGCUCAACCCGUUCAGCGUGGAGAGCCUCCUGUCGGACUCGCCGCCGCGGCGGAAAGCGGCGCUGGAUUUCCCGCAGGCCUUGGCGCCGUGCGCCCCGACGGCGCGCACGCUCAUCGGCAAGGGGCACUUUUUGCUCUACCCCAUCACGCAGCCGCUGGGCUUCAUCGUGCCCCAAGCCGCCCUCAAGAGCAACCCGGGCCAAGAGCCGCCGCAGGGGGGCUCCCCUCUGCCCGCCGCCAACCCCAGCCCGGACCCCGCGCCCCCCAAGAGCAGCAGCACCGCCGCCAUCUCCACGUCCGGAGGCCGCUUGCCGCCCGAGAAUAGCUCCUCCGUCGCGCCCGGGGCCCUCUGCGGACUGAGGAAGGCCGUGGCUUCCCCUCCGGCCACAGCCUGCUCCUCUUCCUCCGCUUCCUCCUCCUCCUCCUCCUCUCCCCCCUCUGCUUAUUGCGAUUCCUCUUCCCAGAUGGACAGUAGCUGCGCCGUCGUGCAACCAAAGUCACCCGCGAAAGACGCUUGUCAAUCCAGAGACAAUCCGGAUUGUCGCACAGAGCCAAACUGUCCAGCAGAGACCAGCAAUUUAGACUGUGAGGAAGUGGAUAUGGACUAAAGAAAUAAGGAAGAAAAGGGCGGGGGAGGGAGAAGAACCGAUUAUAUAUUAGAUUCCUUGCAGGGGGGCGGGCAGGGAGAGGGGGCGAUUCAACUCACCCACCUUAAACUUCUUGACACUCCCAAAGUUUUCCCAAGACAGUUUCUCUUCUUCUGUUUAUUACACAUAUAUCUAUAUCUAUAUAUUUUAAAAGAAGUCUUCCCCCGCGCGCAUUUUCUCUAUUUCCUCUCCCUCCCCCCCCCUCUCUCUCUCUCUGGAUCUCCGCCCCCCCCAAUACAUCCCCGCUCUGAAUCUAUAACUGAGUCCCAUUUAAAAAUCAGGUGAUCAAUUUUUGGGGGGUUAUAAAAUAUAUAUUUAAUUUUUCUUUUCCUUUCAAAAAGAUGGGAGGGAAGGGGCAUUAGAAGAAGCUGGACUUGACGACGUGAACACAAACUGUAAAAAAAACCAGACACAACAGCGACUCCUCAAACCUUGUAAAAUGCAAAAAUGUUUAAAGAUAUUUAUAUAUGUAAAAAACCACAUUUUUUGAUAAAUAAAAACCUCUUUAAAAAUCGA